CUCUGCUGGGCCAUAGCUGUAAAGCACCUCCAUUCUUUAUAAUGGAGACUGACUAUGAGGAUAACACUGCCUUUCUUGGAGAAUGGGGAACUUUCCAAAAGAUGGUGUUUUUCUUCUUGUGCAUUAGUAUUAUCCCCAACGGGUUUACAGGUCUUUCUAUUGUGUUUAUCGGUGAUACACCGUCCCACCACUGUCUUAUCCCCGCAAAUGCGAACAUUACUGCGGAAUGGAGAGGUAAUAGUAUUCCUUUGGAUAAGGAGGGCGAGACUACUGUGCUAAGCAAAUGCUCCAGAUAUAAACUCGAUGUGAUACAAAGUUUAUCGGAAAAAGGUUAUGUACCAGGGGUGGAUGUGAACGUUUCCGAAAUACAGCAAGAGACCUGUUUGGAUGGCUGGGAAUACGAUCGGGGGACAUACAUUACCACUAUUGUAUCUGAGUGGGACCUGGUAUGUGCUAAUAAGUGGAAGAACCCAUUGACCUCCUCCGUGUUCUUCUGUGGUGUCCUCACUGGCUCCUUCCUCUCUGGUCAGCUCUCUGACAGGUUUGGGAGGAAAAUAGUUUUAUUUGCCACUAUGGGAAUCCAGACACUGUCCACCUUCCUCCAGGUCUUCUCUCCAUCAUGGCUUGUAUUCUGUGUCUUAUUCUUUGUUGUUGGGAUGGGACAAAUCUCUAAUUAUGUGGCUGCAUUUGUCCUAGGAACUGAAAUAUUAUCUCCAUCCAUACGAAUCAUUUACUCCACCCUUGGGGUGUGUAUGUUCUACACCAUCGGCUACAUGGCCCUCCCAGGGGUGGCCUUCUUCAUCAGAGACUGGAGGAUGUUGCUGCUGGCCCUCACCCUGCCCGGGCUCUUCUAUAUUCCUUUCUGGUGGUACAUGUGUGUGUUCAUCCCAGAGUCUCCCAGAUGGCUGCUCUCUCAAGGGAGAGUGGAGGAGGCUGAGGUCAUACUGAGAGAAGCUGCCAGGAGGAACCGGGUCACGGCACCAGAGGUCAUCUUUCGGCCUGUACAGACCGAGCAAAAGUCCACACAGUUGGAGGCCCACAGCAUCUGUGAUCUGCUGAAGUCGAGCAACAUCCGCUGGGUGUCCAUCACCCUGUGGCUGGUCUGGGCCAUUCUAUCCAUCGGGUACUUUGCUUUGUCACUGAACACAUCCAACCUGGCUGGUAGCUCCUAUCUCAACUGUUUUCUGUCAGCAGCUACUGAGGUCCCUGCCUACACCAUGGCUUGGCUCAUGUUCCGCUACUGCCCCCGGCGCCGCUCACUUUUUUUCACCCUGAUUCUGGGUGGGCUGGUGCUGCUCCUCGUGAACCUCAUACCACCAAAACUGAGCUCUGUGUCCAUUGCACUGGAGAUGCUGGGAAAGUUCGGUGUCACUGCUGCCUUUUCCAUUGUGUAUGCUUACACCGCUGAGCUCUACCCGACUGUGGUGAGGAACACAGCUGUAGGGGCCUGCUCAAUGGCCUCCAGAGUGGGGAGCAUCUCUGCACCAUACUUCAUCUAUCUGGGAGGCUAUUCCAAGUCACUGCCAUAUAUUCUAAUGGGGAGCCUCACGGCACUGUCUGGGUUGCUGAGUCUCUUGCUGCCCGAGACCCAUGGUAUGCCGCUUCCAGACACCAUCGCUCACAUGCAGACCAUUCCCGGAUUAAAAAAAAGACCAGAGGAUGAACCGAGCCAAUUUACAGGACAGGAAGAAUGUGUGACCGAUGUUUUGUGACCGCAACUGAGCACUUCAAUUCUUUCAACAUGUCUAUGUGAUCCCACAAUCCCACAAGCUUACAUUUAAAAGCUACACGGGUGUCAGUCUGGUCAGUCUGGGAUUCAAACCAUUUGGACAUGGGACGGUGUUCAGAAAAGUUUAAUUGGCCUUCGAAUGCGAUUGAAUUGGCUUUGAACUACAUUGCACGUGCACCAAAGCGCCAUAAUUCACCACAACAAUUUUUUUUUUACAUCAAACAACAGCAUUCAAAGAAGCAGAUCAGUAAGUGUAGGGAUUUCUUAUUCCGAGAACUAGAUAGGACAACUAACAGUGCUCUUCACAUUGUGAUCUUACUCUAUAUUUGUCAUAAAACAACUUAAGUUCAAUAUCGGGCAGAUAUUGGGUAAAUACUAUUUAUAUCCUGUAUGCUUUUUUAGAUGAAUUUAGCACACUGUACAAUAGAAAUACUGACAAUUUUACACAAUGUAUUUUAUAUGUAUUUUGAAAUUUUAAUGUGACAAUGUAUUUCCAACACAUGUAGUACCCUCCAUAAUAUUAUGCCCCUUGGAAUGUUUUUUAUUAAUGUUUACCACUUGAUUUUUGCAUUCAAUAUAUCAUAGAAAUCUUUAAUUGGUAGACUUUAAUUGACAAGCUUUAAUUGUUGAAAUAUUUUUUUUAUUCUUAAUCAAGAAAUACAUAUUUUUCUGAAUACAUUUUCACAUUUAUUGACAGCUCCAGGAGUUAUUAUGAACCAAAUCUAAUUAAAUUAUUUUCCAUUUAUAUUUAGUCAGUGUUUCUCCAUGUCUUCCUGUGUCAAACGGGUAUGAAUAUGAGGAGACACAUGCCAAACUCUCUUAGUGAUCUAUUAACAUAAGGUUAGAGAUUUUUUGGGGGACACAAAGUCUUCAGAACUACAUGUCACAACCAUGCUAACAAGUUAUUUUAUGUUGCCAAUAGAACGCUUUCACUUUCAUUAAGACAUCUUACCACAGGACUGGGUUCCAAUAAAAGUUAAAUGAUGUUUAGUAAACUCCAGCCACUGACAUUUAUGUAGUGAUGACAAUCUUACAAAGGGUUUCAAAUAGUUUUCCAGAAAAGUGUUGAACAAAUAUAACUAAUCAUUCAAACAUGCAAAAGGAUUUUUUUUUUUACACCAAAAAGUGUUUUUAAUACUUUAGUACAAACCUGUUCCCAAAAAGUUGGG